AAUGCGAUUGAUCUCGAAAUUGGUUGGCUGUUAAGACAGUAUGCACGUUGAUUUCAAGAGAACAGAGAUAGUUAAUCGGAAGUUUAAAAAUUUCCCGAAUCUGUUGCAUCCCGAAACUAAAAACGGUAAAAAUUAAAAAUCAACGAGGUAAAAGUGUUUAAAGAAAAAUUGAAAGUACGUUUUCGUUAUCAUGUGAUAUUGUGUAGUAAUAUUUUUUGUGUUUAGAUUUUUAGCUGACUUAGAAUUAUUUCUUUCUAUUUUUAAGCAGUUAGUGUUCAUUGGAAACAAAAAAGUUUUUGAACUAUUGAUUACGCAACAGGGAGUGGAUAACCUGGUUAACCUUUCGAACUCUGUAGAAGACCAUUGAUUGCCUUAAACUGCUGUCUUCAUUUGCUUAUAAUUUUUAACUUUUUAAGUUCAAAUUGUUUUCCCGUGAAAGCAUGGAAAAAUAUACACCUAUAGCUGGAGCAAUCCUUCUUCCUAAUCUUGGGGGCAUACUAACUGCUUUUACGACUCGUAAGGAUGUGAAAACUUGGUAUGAAACUCUGAAGCACCCAUCUUGGAGAGUUCCAAAUUAUGUAUUUGCACCAAUGUGGACUACAUUAUAUAGUGGAAUGGGAUAUGCUUCAUACUUAGUUUGGAAGGAAGGUGGUGGAUUUAAUGGGGAAGCUAAACUACCUCUGAUACUAUAUGGUUCAAACCUUGCUUUGAAUUUGGCAUGGCCCCAAAUAUUUUUUAAAUUUCAUAAAAAAGGAUUGGCUCUUGCUGAAAUACUUGUCUUGUGGGGUAGCAUUGGAGCUUGCACUUAUGCUUUUUAUCCAAUUAGUAAAACUGCUGCAUAUCUUAUGUUGCCUUAUUGGGCCUGGGUGACAUUGGCAUCAGCUUUGACUUAUAGCAUCUGGAGAGAUAACAAAGACAAAGAAGAUUAAAAUAUGCAUUGAUUUUAUACUCAUACAUUUUCAUUGUUGAAUAGAUUAUAUACGAUAUUAUAUAUACAUUAAUUUUUUUAAAGAAAACAAUAUUGUUUAAUGUUAUGCAUUUAUGAGCUAUAGGCAGCAUGCUAUGUAUUUUUAUAUUUCUAUAUUAAAAAAAAUAUUUUUUUUCCGAAAAUAAAAUAAUUUUUGGUCAUA